AUGGAACUAAUUUGUCCGAGAUCUCCACCAAUUUAUUAUACAGUAAUCCUCCAUUCGAUUGCAGUUUUAUCGAUGGCAAUAAAUGGAUUUGGAAUAUAUUUGAUAAUUCAACAUUCAAAAAUAAAUAAAUCAAAAUAUCGUUUAUGUCAAUUAUAUUUUCUUAUAACAACAAUGUGUGUUGAAGUGUAUAUGUCACUUAUUGCUCCAGGUUAUUAUUAUUUUCCAAUGCUUGGCGGAUUUGAUUCAUCUUCAAUUACAGUCAAUCUUUUCCCACCAGAAUUGAGCACACUAUUUUAUUUCUUCUUUUUCUGUUUCGAACUUCCAGCACUUAUCAGUUGUUUUCAAUUUCGAAAUGAUGCUGCAUCUGAUUUAUCACCCAGACUAAAAGUUCCAAAAUCAAUCAAUUAUUUUAUGAAUUUUCUGGCUCAUUGUUUUCCAUUUUUAGUUGCUGGUUGUUUUCACAAUGGAACUCUUUCAAAACAUCAACAAUAUUUGAUUCUUCUCCAAAAAUUUCCAAAAUGUUUACAUAUUUUGGAUAUUCCUGGAUCAAUUGUGUAUGAAUAUGAAAAUAAUUUAUGGCUAAUUAUUGCUGGAAUGCUACCUCCUUUGUUUAUUUGCAUAUUUGCAAUGUAGGAGUUUUUUGAAAGAAAAAAGAGCUCUUGGAGUGUAAAUUCAAACGUUAGCUACUUGAAUUUUUAUAUUUUUUAUUAGGACUCUGUUGUAAAAUUCUCAAAUUUCUUUCACAUUGAUCCAAAGCUUUUUAUUUUUCCAUUCAGAUUCGGUAUUUUCCUCACUGGUCAUACAAUUUACAUCCUUCAAAAAAUGCGUAAAUUCAUGUCUGCUUCGACUUUCAAACUUCACAAAACUGCUCUAAUUACUCUUGUUUUACAAUGCUUUAUUCCCUUCAGUUGUGUUGGUAUUCCACUUAUUAUUAUUUUUACAGUAAUUUUGAAUAAUUAUGUUGAAUAUCAAGGUAUUUAUGUUAUCUAUCUAUUAAAAAUAUUUUUUUUUAUUCUGAUCCUCAAAAUUUUUCAGAAUUAGCAACUGAUACAAUGAUUUUAAUAUCAACUCAUUCAAUGGUUUCAACAAUUGUUAUGAUUGCAAGUAAUAGCCAUUUUAUGGAAAAAGUUCGAGAAAUUCUUGAAUUUUUUAAAAAAUCUACACCAAAAAUUAGUUCAAUUGUUGAAAGAACUAUUCAAAUAUAA